AUGCCUCUCGUCGUGCCAGGUCUCCAGUCCAAUGACGGCGGCAAGACCGAGGAGUGGAUGAACAAGCUGGUCGGCAAGAAGAUUGGGGAGACCUCCAACGAGACUACAUUCGCAAAGACCGACCUGCCUCAGCAGCACAGAGUCCUGAAGGGAGAUAGCAUGAUGACAAUGGACCACAACCCAGACCGCCUCAACAUCCACACCGACGACGAUGGCACUGUGAAGAAGGUUACACAUGGCUGA